GGGGGAUAUUUUACGGAGAAAAUAUUGACGUAAAUCUGAAAGUUUCAUUCAGAUUACGAUAUUUGAAUAUUCGCAAUUUAACUAACGCUGAAAGUUCCCCUUUCAUGCUCGAGUUACCUUACGCGACGAAGAAUGAAAGUUACAUUUCAUUAGAGAAAUUACUUAAACUUUCAUGAUAACCUCGUCGUAAAGUAUCGAUAAUCAUUACGAGUUGUAAAGGUAAAUUCACAAAGUUGCCGAAAUGAACAAAAUUCCCGGAAGUUCGAGCAAAAUAAAAUCAAUGUUCCAUGCGUUGAUUAGAAACGCGGAUGCGGGGAAACGAUAAGGAAUGUUUUAUUAAAACGCAUUUAAUAUCGCAGAAAUGUCUAUCGAAAGAAUUUUCAUUCAUAGUCGCGUGGUCGAGAGUGACAUAAAUAGUUCUAUCACAGCUGAAUCGAUCGAAUAUCCGAGCCUGCGUGUUAACGGAGGCGCCAUGCGACUUCUCUGUACAUUUCGGCGUCCGUCGUGAUUUCGUUUGUCGCAGUCCACGUUUUCCUACAACGAGUCGACUAUCCGAUAUUUCGAAUCCGAGCAAUUCCAUAGAUCAAAAUGCCGUCGGUUCGCCGGAUGAUCCUAGGACACGUCGUGUCCGGCCUGUGCAGCAAAAUGAAUCGCACGAAAAAGCUUCAAGGUGAUUUGCUUGAAACACCUAUGAAACGAUGCCUUUCCACCUUCGAUAUUACGCUGCUCGGUGUGGGUCAUAUGGUUGGCGCUGGAAUCUACGUUCUGACAGGAACGGUAGCUCACAACACGGCUGGUCCAGGUGUCAUUCUAAGCUUCCUACUCGCCGGUCUAGCUUCCUUGUUGGCGGCAUUAUGCUACGCGGAAUUCGGUGCGCGAAUUCCAAAAGCUGGUAGCGCUUACGUUUACACGUACAUUUCCGUCGGUGAAUUUUGGGCUUUCGUUAUCGGAUGGAACAUCAUAUUAGAACAUAUGAUAGGAGCUGCGUCGGUAGCUAGAGCUUGGAGCGGAUACGUCGAUUCUUUGGCGGGAGGCUCCAUCAGCAAUUACACUCGUCAUAUAAUGCACGGAUACACCAUGGGAGAACCGUUCGGAAAUAUUCCCGAUUUACUGGCAGCUGGACUGUGUCUCGCCUACGCGAUGCUGCUGGCACUGGGCGUGAAAUGUUCGGCGACGGUCAAUUCUUUGCUGACUAUCGUAAAUCUAGCUGUGAUGGGAUUGGUGAUCGGUUUGGGAAUUUAUUACGCUAAGAUUUCUAACUGGAGCAGUCAGAACGGAGGUUUCCUGCCUUUCGGCUUUGGGGGUGUACUAGCAGGCGCCGCAACGUGUUUCUACGCCUUCGUGGGGUUCGACUCGAUCGCAACUUCCGGCGAAGAAGCGCGUGAUCCAGGACAGAGUAUUCCACGGGCGACCCUUCUCUCAAUGGCGAUCGUAACCAUCGGAUACGUGAUGGUCGGAGCUGCUCUGACACUGGUCGUACCGUUUUGGAACAUUAAUCCAGCGGCCGCACUUCCGGAAGCAUUUUCCUCGAGAGGAAUACCAUGGGCCAAAUACGUGAUAAGUGUAGGGGCACUGUGCGGAAUGACAACGACCCUCUUCGGAUCCCUGUUCUCUUUGCCGCGAACGAUGUACGCGAUGGCGAAUGACGGUCUUCUCUUUGGCUUUCUGGGUCACGUAAGCGAACGCACGCAAGUUCCGGUCCUCAAUUUGGCCAUCAGCGGUUCUGUCAGUGCCUUGAUUGCUUUGCUAUUCGACCUGCAACACCUGGUCGAAUUCAUGUCGAUCGGCACCUUCUUGGCCUACACCAUCGUAUCGGCGAGCGUGAUUAUUCUAAGAUAUCGUCCUGAGAAGACCACACCGGUGUCAUCGAACGCUGGUACACCGAGCAGCUUAACGUCACCGCCUACCGAGGGUGCCGAUUCCAAUAGCGACUGCAACAGCAUCACCUCCGCGGAGUCCGAGUUGUUGGAUCUGAGCGAGGGCGCCGGUAAACUCAAGCCACGAUACGUCUGGUUGGCAAACUUUUUGGGCAACUGCAAGUCAGGAAACGCGGUGGUUGGCUCCGUCAUAAUUUAUACAGCUGGCUGCAUUUCCCUCUGUCCUUUAUUAAUUUUAAUAUCCGAAACGUACUUUGCUCCGGCUUGGUGGGAUUACUUCGUUAUGGCAAACGUUGUGCUCUUAUUGAUCGGAAGUCUACUCGUCAUCGCCGCCCAUCAGCAAAAUCCUUCCAGUGGUAAAUUCCGUGUACCUAUGGUACCUUUGGUACCAGCUCUGAGUAUUCUGUUCAACGUCGGGCUGAUGUUCCACCUGUCGCUUCUGACGUGGUUACGAUUUCUUGUGUGGAUGAUCGUUGAUCACAUAAUUAACUUGUCCUUUACAGGUAUUUUGAUAUAUUUCUUGUACGGAAUUCACUACAGUAAAGAAGCUGCCAGCCCGAAUUCGUACUCGAUUUUAAUGGCAACCUCGGAGGCUGGAAGAGGAGCAAAAUGGGGCGCCACGCUGCGCGUCAAUCAGAAAAGCGACAAGGUCCCAAUUUUGAACGAAGAAGAUUUUGUACAUUAGAAAGAGCAUUAAAAAGUGUUUCAAGAUAUGCCAAUCGACGCUGGAUGUAAGUAAAUUAUGUGACGUAGGAAGUGAGAAAUGUUACAUAUGACCAUCUCGUGAUCAACGUUUUCACGAUUUAUUUAUGUACAUACGAGAGCUGCAUAAAUCGAAUUACUUCCUUUUCGAGAUGUUUUGUCUCGAACAGCGGCUGAACGUCGAAGGGAUUUCAAAGUAGACGAGACUGUUUUUACCUAGUUUGCAAUAGGUCGUGUUCCGUUCGUAACGCGUUUUCUUCUUUAUAUUUUAUUACGCACAAAUUGAUGAUGGUUCUGUUUGCGUUUAACGGAUGUACAUCGAUUCUCUAUAUGCCUAUAUUGAUUAUAAAUUUGACGUUCUUUUACGUAUUGAUGUACGUAUGUAUAGAUGAGCGAAAUCUGACCCGUCAGUUUUCACUUAUGGAUAAGAUGCACGCGAUAAAUUGGCAAUGGCAUAAACUCGCGAGCGAAAAAAGGGAAAAGGUGUUCACCGUUAAAGAUCAGGUUUUAUUGAAGGCACGCAUACGAUCAUCCAGUUGAAGAAAACUUGAACGCGUUGCUGCAAGGAUCGAAACAUGGUGCCUUGGGAACGGAUAGACUAAUUAUACAGUAAGAUAUACGAAUCUAAAAGCAUGACAAUAGAUUCGCCCGUUAUAUGGCGAAUAUUAAGUUUAAGAUUACCUAUACACGGAUUUGCUAAACACACGAAUUGCCAGGGCGUAUUGUCGCGAUACGUGUUUUCAAAUAAUUUCUUUCUUUCCCUCGUAAGACUAGGAAAAAUUCCUUGUAAUUAUAAUUUAACUAUCACCAAAUACAAAAUUUCAAUCACGGAGUACAUUUAUAUCAACUUCCGUAGCGCGAAUCACCUCUGGGAUUAACCGUUCCUAAUCCACCAAUUUAUUCACGAUCUUUUUACGUUGAAAAUGUCAAAAGCUUGUCACUUUUGACGACGAACAAAUCGAGUAAUAUAUCACGUUGUACCUUAAAUUAUCGUUCUGUGUGAUAUAUAAUAUAUAUAUGUAUAUUGUCUUCGGUUGUUCAGCUAAGAAGGUCCAGUAAGGAUCGGUUUCCGUAGCAAAUAAUAUAAUGGGUGUUACAUAAGAAAGUACAUAUUGAUAUCUUAAUGGUUACUACCGUAAAAGUGCCGUAGACGUUAUAAUAUAGAUGAUCGUUAUCAUAGUUAAACAUCGUAACCACGUCGAACGUGAGAUUGAAUGUUUAUCGCUUUGGACGAAUCGAUCCAAUAGUUUACACUGUUUUGAAAUACAGAGAAGCGUUUUAAAUGCAUACCGUUUAAUGUAAAAAGUUAUAGUAGAGCAACGUUGUUUUAGCCUGAUAUUUUAUUGUUUUAGAAUGUUGUUCUAUAUAUUCGUACUUGUCCUGCGGUGUUAUUUGGAACGUUUCUUUCGGUAUUAAAAUGCGUAACAGUCGUUUGGACAAAUCAUCCAAAGUUUGCCCUUGUAUAAAUUAGAAAGAAUGCGCGUUCGAAGCAUGAAGAAUCAAUCUGUUACGUUCAAAGUACAGAUGAUGUCUUUUUCAGAAUACGAUUCAAAUUUCUUGGCGCACAAUUGCGAUCGAAUAAACACGUACAAAAUUAAUUGCCACGAGAAUCGAGUACACGCUGCAAUCGCGCACAAGCAUUCAUGCGUUAUAUCGUGAAAAUGUACGUGUAAUUGAAACGCGAUUAACUGCGAUCAAAUGCUACACGUGGUUAUCGAGUGCAAGAAAUUGUGUAUAAAAAAGGUACCAAAAUUAUUUGUCGAUGUACUGUAUAUGUUCUAAUACAUAAAUAUUUAUCAAUGAAAAGAUCUACGAUUUUUCUACCGACAAUUGCAACUAAUAUUUAAUGUUAUUAGCAAUCACGAAAGUUCGACACAAAUUCCUAAUAUUAAUUCUUUGAGUGACAUAUCUUUGACAACAUCAAGCAGGAACAUUAAGAUCGUAAAGUACGUGAAUUAUGACGUAUCGACCGUCAAAUAAAGUUCAAAUUAGAUGCCAAUAAUAAGGCGAAAUGACAGUGAUUUAUGUGCAAGCGUUCAGUUAAAAAUCCGGAUAAAACAGUGAACUCGAUAGUCAGGAGGCUGAGAAAGAUUUCUAGAAUCAAAGUGAGAACGCGAGUUGCAACAUGUUGGUCAAAUUAAUUUUAAUCUCAACGAUCUGGAGCUUCGUUUACGUACGAAGCAUAGAAACUUCUGGUGAACUUAAACGUUUAUUCUUAAUUGGUGAUUCUCGUCUUGUCUCGAGCAUGGAUGCCGAAUCCACGAAUACCGAACAACGACUCGUUCGUCAAGUAUCUAACACACCUAAGAUCGCGGACGGUACUCUGCCGCAACCUACGGAACGUGUACCGGUUAUGAAUCAUGAAUCGAUGCAUCCGGCAGUAAAACACCCAAAGAAAAGGGCAAUGAAUUACAAGGAAGAUGAUCAGGUCGAUUUACGACCCGGUUGUUGUGGAUAAAACAUGGGACGAACAUUGAAACGACUCGACAACAAUGGAUUCUCUUCCGUAAAUAUUUAUUUUCUUUAAAAUGCAUUUAAGUGCAAUCGGUAGAUAGUAUUUAAGUACGUACGAUAGAUAUCGCUUCAUUCUUUUUUCGAUUCCUUUCACGAUGAGAUAGUAAACAAAAUAAAAAGA